AUGGCUGAUACCAGCGAUAUUGACAGCUACAUCAAUGCGCCCAAACUCCGUAGCUGUUUGGGCGAUAGCGGCUUGGACUUCCCCUACUCGUGGUCCGCUAGGGAGAGGCGCGUGACACCGUAUUUGGCAAAUGUGAGGGCGGUGGCACGGCCAAUGCCUGAGCCGGCGCCGGUUAAGAAGGCAGAGCCUUUGGGAUGGGAGGUCACGGUGGUGGAAGUUGAUGACUGA